AAAAUGGCCGACCGCGAAGUAAAAUUCUCGUUCAAACAGCUAAGUGGAAAGCGUUUCGAUGUUGUUGACGGAAAAGACAACCAGGACGAUUUAUUGAAAUGGUCAAUGAAAGGAAGGAUCAAGUUACAGAUGUACAGUUUUGACCAACCAUUUCAAGCAUACCAGAAGGAACGUUUUGUUCAGGACUUCAUGAAUGAUCCUGAAAUUCUGUCAACGUUGCAGACUGUGUCCGCUACCUGUCGCUGGAGCCCUGUGGGUAUUCCAGCCAAGUCUGUGAAGGUCAAGGCCGUUCCGUGUUCUGUUCUGUCCAUGUCGUUUUUUGACCGGCUCUACGAGAACAACAUCGCCAGAGAAAACGGUCAUUUGCAUAAAUGUCUUGAUGAAUUCUAUGAAGAUUUUACAAUCGCAGAUGAACUUAGAAAGGUGUUGCUGUUGGAGGAUUCUGACAACUACGACACAUUCAGUGAUGCGGACCGGGAUGAGUUCCUGUUCCGCCUGUUCAAGCAUGUGUGUCUGGGAGGCAAGUUGUGUCAGUAUGAGGACAUGGUGGACAAGUACCUGGAGUUUACCAAGACUCUCUACAAAGACCUCAUCAGUGUACAGAAGAACCCAGAGACCAAGGAACUCAGCAUUGUGUCCAACGUCUUCUCCAUACAGGCAGAGGAUGAGAAGGAGAACAUGUACUACCCAGCCGACACUCUCCAUGAACAGAACUUCUCCUACCUGGUGGUGGACCCACUCAAGAGACACGUCACAGUUCUCUUCCACAAGUUCGGCAGCAGCAUCUACUGAGGCACUGGACGUGGACAUACCCCGAUCAAGGACUGGACACAACACCACUUCAGUACAAAGCCAUCUACACAACCAGAUUAGGCCACACUGUUAAAAUAGGUGUCAGUCUUUUGAAAUGAACCUGACUUCUCUUCCUUGUAACAAACUUUCUAACCCAUGCUUAUCGUAAGAGGUGAUUAACAGCAUCGGGUGGUCAGGCUCGCUGACUUCGUUGAUGAAUGUCAUUGUGUCACAAUUGCAGAGAUCGAUGGUUAUGAUGUCAAUCACUGGAUUGUCUGGUCCAGAUUCAAUUAUUUACAGACCGCCACCAUAAAGCAGGAAUAUUGUGAUGAUACGAUACGUAUGCCCAUACCCUGCUCACGAUAUGAUACCUAUCUCAAUGCCCAAGAAGCACAAAAUAUGUAUAAAAAAUGAAAACACACAUGACUUACAUGAGAGUCAAUGGUACUAGCAAUGUUGAAGCCUGUUCUAUCACUUGUAGGACAUCAAGUUUAUAAACAGCACACACCUCGUGUAGCAGCAUACGGUUGUUCUUUUGUUACUUAUGUAAAAAUGUGUAUUUAGUACUGUUCCGUAUCACAAUACAGACUCAAAUGUAUGGAACGAGGGCCAAGAUUUGCGUUGUAUCGUAUCACCCUUAUUUAACACUAACAAAUGUGUAUGCAUAUGGUAUGGUGAUGAGAGGUUGUGUGUUGUACUGAUGAAAUGUUUCAUUAUUUAUUAACCAAAUAAUCCAUGUUCUGUUUGCAGUGUAGUCUGAAUUGUGUCUCAUCUCUUUACCUUCAUUGUGCCAUAUUUGGUGUAUGAAAUAUUGUCAGAAAUAGAAAGAAGAUCAUACAGUGGAAUCGGUCCAAAUUCUGAUUUCGGUGAACUACAUACCUUUUCGCUGGUCUCCUCAUUUCCCUAAUAAAUUAUCAUUACUCAAACUGACCUACAGCUCAUUCAGACCUUGUACACUUUUACACUGUAUUUGGUUGCUCUAAAAAUAUUUUGAUUUAAUUUUAUGUAGGGAAGUGAAUCACAAAUCAUCUGUGUUGUGGUGAUGUCUCAGACACACAGUGAGUGACCACACAGUUAACAUUCAGGACAAUAUUAAACCAGAAAUAAUAACCAAAAUGAUGUCAUAUCCAGUGUGAAGAUGUGGCAAGCAUGCUAAAGUGCCAAUUUCCUUCUAUGGCCUUGUUAAUGUGUGCAGCAAUGAUGAUUUUAUUACAGCCACAAUUUUUCGAUUUUAACAGCAGCCAUUUUGAUGAAAUAUAUAUGACCACUCACUGUGUUUGCACUGCAUGAUUUAAGUAUUUAGUGGUUUGCCAAACUAUAAAGUCAGAUGACUCAGCGUUACCGUUUUCAGCUCUGCACGACUCUGAGACAGUGUUGUAUUUUGCAUGCAUUAUUAAAGUGGAUGUGUGUUUGGGCAAGACAAACACAUGAGCGUCAGAUAAUCAAUUAUUGCAAUAUAUUACUGCUGACAAGUGAGUCAACAUGCUGUAUCACUUCAUGUUCAGAUAUCACUCAAGAUUUGUUACACUUUUGGUUUAUACAUGUGGAACAUUUGCAGUCAAUGCAGUUCCUUCCAUAUUAGGGUGUGGCCAUUUAAUGGGGGGGGGGGGGGGGGGGGCAGUGGGAUUAGGCAUCAUAUUUUGCCGACCCUACACCCAUUUUAUGUAACAUAUUUUUUAUGACCCAACCCCCUACCUAUCAUAAAUGACACAGUCCCUAAAUAAUGUUCAAAUUUAUAAUUUUGUUUUCAUCUAUAAACAUUGAACCAAACCAUUUUUUUACACCCUUUGCUGUUAGCCCUCCCCAAUUGUAUUUCUGACUGCAAUAUUUCCCUGAUGACAGCAUUUCAAACUUCUACAUGUAAAGUGUUUGUAUUGAAUCUGAUAUAAUUCCUUCCAUCUAGUCAGAGGGGUUAUGGUGUUGCUCUGUGGCGUGUUGAACGCCGGGGUUUUGAGUCCCCAAAUGAGUACUUUAUUGCUGACUAGGGACUUCUGGGAUCGCUGAUCCAGCUCUUCACACUCUGUAGAGUAUAGCUGAGAUAUUGCCGACCAAGCUCGUCAUGGCAGGGCCCAGUUUGCAAAAGCCUUGCAAUUUGCUGUACAGAGUUGUGACCCUUGGUCAUCCCAGAAUCCAGUGACAAUGAGUUUUGAGUUCCAGAUUAGCACUGAUCAUGUUUCUAUGUUUGUCAGUGAUUUGCACGCACUCAUGGCUUUCACCAAACACACAUUUCUUUCUAUUUCUGACAAUGCAGUUGUGACUGUUGAUUGUAGUCCAUCGCAGCUGUUCCCUCACAUGUUUUGUUUGUUCCGAUAAUGCAUGAUGGUUGCAGCAAAUUUUAGGAUCGACAUAAGUUCAUCCUGUUAUGUAUAUUUUUCUAAUAAAACACUUAAUAUGAAA